GACCACAACCACAACCACAACCACACCAACCUCACCACAACCGUCACGCAGCCCUCCGACCGCGCCGGCAGAAUAACCGAAAUAGCCGCCCGGUCCACCGAACUGAGGCAGAACAUCAUCAACCCGGUGCCCACCCUGACACUAUCCUCCUGCUACCCCCGCCAAUGCUACUCCAGUGCGAUCGCCCCUCACAAUCCUGCCACCGUACACCCAGCUGAUCUGUCCGCUGGACUGGGAGACGUACAAUCUCACCGAGACGUAUCUCAUCUGCUGUCCGAGCGAUCCGUCGCAUCGCUGAGUGGAUGGAUGCUUCUGCAUAGCGCGUACGGAGUUUACCUACCCGACUACCGCGACGCGACGCGCCCGGGGCUGGGCGCCGUCUGCACGUCGAGCGUCUGGCCGAACGUGCUGAUGGAUACUACUCGCUACGAUGCCGCGGGGAGGGUGACGGUGAUUCCGACCUCGGCGGGGAAGGAGGGGACGUUGGUGUUUGCGACGGCGUUUGAUGGGACGAGCGCUACGGUUGUGGGUGAGGCUUCGGCGACGGCGGGGGGAGUUUCUGGCUCGUUGGGUGGGGGGGGCUGCGGUUAG